AUGCACAGCUCCAAAGACAGCCCUCCAGGGCGGAUCAUUGGUGACAAGCUGACAGAGAAGUGUUCGCCCAUUCCAGAGGCGCCCCUGACAUCCCAGCUUAGCAUUGAGACUGAGCCCACUGUUCACAAUAAAGCUUCCGAUCUAUCACUUGCGCAUACAGAUGGCCAGGGCCAGACAGCGGAAGAGAUCGCAUACUCCCAACGCUUCGCCUUGCGAUCUUUACCUGCCUGGAUUCGCUCGGUCGACGAACCCGAGGAGGACGGAGAUAAAGCUACGGCAAACGAUAGCUUACUCCCUUCCCAACCAAAUGACGCGUGUGUCGCUCAGCACAACCAUUCGCCCUACUCGUCCUCGAAGCCGAAACCUAACCACACGACCAACAAUGGCCUCUUCGUGGAGGACUCUCCAAUGGUCAACCGUGAAUCACGCUGGGUGACAUUCUCACGAGCGAUCCAAUACCCCCGACCGCCCGGUAGAGAGGAACAGCAUGUCACGUCAGAAUGGCUGAAUGAGAAUCAUGGUGAUUACUCGCAACCAUGGCGAGGAAAGCAUUUGGAGGGCGAUAGUCCGGAGUACCCGCUGCACAGCGGAGGGCGAAGGGAGAUUUGGAUCACGCGUUUCAGAAACACGCUUCUGCGAAGUCCGAUCGUACCGUUGAUUCUUCGAAUGACUGUCUGGUGCUUCUCACUCUCUGCACUGGCCCUGGGUGGAUCAAUUCAGCAAAUGGCUAAUCAAGGGACACACCCUCAAGGCCCAUCUGCAUUGAUGGCAAUUAUCGUCGAUGCAGUCGCCAUGGUUUACCUCCUAUACAUCACCUUCGAUGAAUACACGUCAAAGCCCUUGGGUUUGCGUUCUCCUUCUGCUAAAGCCCGUCUCCUCCUUCUGGAUAUCUUCUUUAUCGUCUUCGAUUCCGCCAAUCUUAGUUUGGCAUUUGCUUCACUUUCUGAGGUGACAGGAUCCUGCACCGAAGCGGAGGUCAACCAAACAAUCGAUCCUCGAAAUGAUGGGAUAUGUACGCGACAAAAGGCACUUGCUUCCGUAUUGCUGGUCGCGCUCUUGGCUUGGCUUAUGACGUUCUCCAUUAGUGUUCUCAGGCUUGUCGAGAGAGUAACACAGUGA